UGAUGUUCAAUCUGAUGACGGAACUUCGAAAAGAAUCAUAAUCGCUCACAACCAUCAAGAAGCAACCUACGAAACUGAAAAUAUGAAAGAUGAUCAAAGUCUUAUAAUCGACUUAAAAAAUAUACCAAACGAGAAGCAGGAUAUAUCAUCAAAACCGGAAACAUGUGCCAACAGGACCCUUUUAAAUGCUCGUAAGCGUAAACAUUUUGCUACUAAAAUAGCGGAAAUGAAAAUGAAGCUGUCCAAAGUGAACUCUCCCACGAACAUUAAUCAAGAGAGCAGUCAUGAGACUAUGGAGUUGGAUAAUAACAGCCACCUAAUGCAGUUAGUUGACUUAAAUAGUAAUGAUAGUACGCCACAGUCCUCUUUGAUUCUGUCAACAAACAGUGGGUCAGAAGCUAACAAACUCAUCAAAAUGCAAACAUACAGAUGUAGACCGAAAUCUCCUGUCUCGUCCUCUACAAAUACUAUUGAAAUCAUUGAGCAACUGGAUGAAACAGCAUCCCAAACCAGUGAAGACUUCUCUGAGGAGAAGGAUGAUGAAAUUAGGGAAUUUAUUUUUAAAGAUGAAGAAUACGUACAAAUGCCGAAAGCUUUGUUCAACGAAAAGCUGAAUAGAUUGAAACGAAAAGUUGCAUGUUAUGAAAAUGUUAUUCAAAACAUGCGCGCAGUGCUUGAUCAAGCCCAUAUUCCCAGUUCUUUCAAUAAUUGA